GACGCUUUUAGUCGCAAACGGACGCUCAACGAGUACACAUCUCGGUGGUUGAAAAUACCAAGAAAACGUUACUGAAAAACGCUCUCAACAUACUUAAAUAUACAUAUUGCAUAGCAAUAUAAUACAACAUCAGCAGUCGACAGCAGCUAAAGCCACAGCUACUACCUAAGCGCUUUUUCUGUUGAAAACUGCCAGCCAGUCAGUCAGCCUGCCCGAUUGAUUGUAUAGUCAGACGCCAUAGCGUACACAUUGCUGAAGCAUACAAGAAAAUCAUAUAAAGUAUCUAUCAUCUGCUUACCUAUAGCUCUAACUAGCUGUUAAAGGCCAUUACGCCAUUGCUUUCACAUUGGUGCGAUAGAGAAGACAAGUUACUUCAUUUAUUUUAACGUACAUAUAUUGUCCUCUUCGUCCUUGUCGUUGCACUGAAUUUUAUAAUUUUUUGUCUCGUCGUAUACCUUCGGUAGACCGACUAUUGUUGUUUUUGUGUCCCACUGUAGAUACAGAUAUAUACAUGUAGAUACAUUUACGUACAAAGUAUCUGCCUACUGCGAACAGAACAGUUCGGUUCAAUUGAGUUGAGCAUAGAACCAACGUACAUCGCUGAAAUAACAUUUAGAAGUUAAAUACACAUCGCAUUCGACAGUCUCGAGCAGUGUGUCUGUGUGCUUCGUACUGAGUGGAUCAUCGUUGCAAGUUGUACGCGUCUUGUGUUUAAAGCAAAUAAAAUAAAUUUGUAAUAUUACAAUUAAAAAUAAAAAUAUAAAAGUAAAAAGUAAAAAGCAAAAAUAACCGCGCACGCAGUUAUAUAAGUUAAAAAAUAUAUAAUAACAAUUUAAAAGUUUAUUCACUUUAUAAAUAAAUCCAAUACAAAAACAAAUCAAAGAAAAUGUCAGCCGCCACAGAACAAAAUAAUGGUGAUGUCGCUGUUGAGAAAGUUGCCGCCGAUGCCGUUGAUGCGGCAGCAGCCGUCAAGGAGGAUCUCAAAAAACCUGCCGUCGAUGAAAAAGUAGCGGCCGCCGAUAAUGGUACAGCGUCGAAAGGUGCUGAUGAUGAAGAUGCCACCGACGCCGCCGCACCCGUCAAGGGAGUUAAAGGAACAAAGCGGCCUGCUGAAGCAAAAUCUGCUGAAUCAAAGAAAGCCAAAAAGGAGAAGGCCGCUGAUGCUGAUUCAGAUGAAGAUGAGGUCUUAGAAGAGAUCAUCGAGGGUGAUAGCGAGAUUGAAAGUGAUGAGUACGAUAUCCCCUACGAUGGUGAGGAGGAAGAUCUCGAAUGUGACGAUGAUGACGAUGAUAAUGAUGACGGCUCUGGCUCUGAUGAUCAGGCGUAAUAAUAAUAUAGUAGUCAAAAACCAUUUAAAUUAAAUAUAAAAAAUUUAAUUAAUGAAAGAAAACUUAAAAACAAACAAAAAAAAUAAUGUAAUAACACAAAACAAAAAUAAUUAUGAUGAUGAUGAUGAUGAUGAUGAUGAUGAGGAAGAAUGAAGUAUAUAAUUAUUAUGUUAAGAAAUACUUUUUUAUUUCUUAUUUUAUUUUAAUUGUAUUAUGUGUAAUUUUUUUUAUAAAAAAAUAAGAGAUAUGAAGAAGAUGAUCAACAAAACAAAAGGCGAAAAACCCACAAACUGCAUAAUUUUUUCCUUUACUCUUAAGUCUUACGUACAUACAUAUAUUAUAAUUUAAAUAUAUAUAUAUAUAUAAUUAUAAAUAUAUAUACAUACAUAUAUAUAUAUAUAUAUAAUUAUAAAAGAACUUAAACGUAAUGAUGAAAGGAUGAGUUAAACAAAUAAAAUUUAAAUAAUUAUGAAAAUA